CGGUAAUACAGAAAGCUUGUUUCAUCGAUUGGUAUAACCUCUCAUUUUCUUUUUCAUUUUUUGUAUUAUAAAAAUGUUACGAAAUUACGUAAAACCUCUUCUAAAGUCUGUUCUUGUCGAUACCAUUAAGGCCCCAAUUCGGCUUUAUACACCUCGAAGGGCCCUAAUGUAUGUUCCUGGAGAUGAUCUUAAAAAAGUCCUUAAAGCAUUUCUCUUAGAUGCCGAUAGUAUUGUUUUAGAUUGCGAGGACGGUGUUGCACUCAACAAAAAAGUGCAGGCGCGCAUUAACAUUAGAGACAUUCUUGAUAAAGGCAAACCACAAAGGAAACGUCCUUACGACUUUGCCGUUCGCAUUAAUUCAGUUGCUUCUGAACUAAUUAAAGACGAUUUAAGUGUAUUAGUAACUGGCAAGAAUUUGCCAAACACCAUUUAUUUGCCAAAAGUUGAAAACGUACAACAUUUGGAAACGUUUUCAGGAUAUUUAGAUGAAUACGUUAAAGCACAAAGCAACAUUGGUUUAAUAAUCGCAAUUGAAUCAGCUUUUGCACUUGUUAACGUUGUAGAUAUAUGCAAAGCUGCCAUAAAAAUGUCUUCUAAAUUUACCCCCGUGGCACUUUUGUUCGGAAGUGACGAUUUUUGUGCCAGCAUUGGAGCUAAAAGAACCGAAUCGUCUUUUGAAGUAACUUACGCUCGCCAAAAAAUCGUAACUGUGGCUAAAGCUUUCAAUUUACAAGCUAUUGACAUGGUUUAUAUCAAAUAUAAGGACCCUGAAGGUCUGAAAAAACAAGCAGAAGAGGGGGCACAGCUAGGUUUCUCUGGGAAGCAAGUUAUACAUCCGGAUCAAAUUGAUAUCACUCAGAAGGCCUUUAUGCCGAAUCCCGAUCAAAUUAAAUGGGCUCAAGAAAUUUUAAAUGCUUUUUACAAGCACCAAAAGGAGGGCAAAGGUGCAUUUUCAUACAAGGGGCACAUGAUCGACAUGCCAACGGUAAAACAAGCUCAAAACGUGGUAGAUUUGGCAAACGCAAUUAUGAUAAACAUAAAUGAAUAAAUUUAUAUCUAGUU